AUGACCAUCCAGCUGCAGGAGCUUCUCAUCUUCUGCCUGAUCGUCACACAAAGUGGCUGCAUAUUCCCUAGCAACCACUGGGGUGAAUGGAACAACUCCCAACUUCUGCCCACAAUUCAGAGGCUCAUGAAAGGAUACAACCGCUACCUCAGGCCUAAUUUCAAUGAGGGUCCUGUGGAAAUCGGAAUGAGUCUUGAUAUUGCCAGCAUUGACGCCAUCUCUGAAAUUAAUAUGGACUACACCGCCACUAUCUUCCUCCGCCAGCGCUGGCGUGAUUCCAGGUUGGUGUUUCCUGGAAAUGAGAGUGUGAGCGUGGACGGACGCCUGGUGUCCCUGCUGUGGAUCCCCGACACCUUCAUCCCAGACUCCAAGCGCUCCUUCCUUCACGACGUCACGGUGGAAAACCGCCUCAUCCGCAUCUUCAGCAAUGGGACGGUUCUCUACGCCCUUCGCAUCACAGCUACAAUUGCGUGCAACAUGGACCUGACCAAAUACCCCAUGGACAAACAGGUGUGCACCCUGCAGCUGGAGAGCUGGGGCUACAACAUCCAAGAUGUGGUGUUCUACUGGACCAGGGGCAAUGACUCAGUGAGGGGCUUGGACACGCUGCGGCUGGCUCAGUACAGUGUGGAGAGCUACAACACAUCAGUGUCAGAGGCUGUGUAUGAAACAGGACAUUACCCCAAGCUGGUGCUGCAUUUUUCCCUGCGCAGGAACGUCUUGUUCUUUAUCUUGGAGACUUAUGUUCCUUCCAUUCUGCUGGUGGUUCUCUCCUGGGUCUCUUUUUGGAUCAGCCAGUCCUCUGUUCCUGCUCGAACCUGCAUUGGGGUGACCACAGUCUUGACGAUGACCACGCUGAUGAUGGGCGCUCGUACCUCUCUGCCCAAUGCAAACUGCUUCAUAAAGGCCAUAGAUGUUUACUUGGGCAUCUGUUUCACCUUCAUCUUUGGUGCCCUGCUGGAAUACGCCUGCGCUCAUUUUUACACCAUGCAGAACCAAACCAUCGAAGAUUUACACAGGGAGCUACUGAGGGAGUUAUGCGAGUCUAACGGAAACGGCUCGAUCCCAAUUAACAUUGCCAGCCAACCAAACCAGUCGGUGGAAGUCGGUUCCACUGCAGAGGAGCCUGCAGAGGAGCCCGUGAACAGUGACAUUAAGAAGCACGCCACAGCGAAAGAGAAAGUGCAGAGUCAGGGCUGCGGUUUAUCGUCCGUGAAAGAUGCGUCCCGCAGAGCAGCAUCUGUCUUCAUUGUGGAAAAUCCACACAACAUCGAUCGCCAUGCCCGCACUGUUUUCCCCACAGCUUUUCUCUUCGUCAAUAUUCUGUACUGGCUUUAUUAUCUCUUCCUCUGA